AUGACACCCAGAAGUAGGGGAGAGAAUCUAACUGUUCUCACGCUCUCACUUUCAGUGCUGACAACCAGAUCCCAUGUGACCAGUUCUCCUUCCCCUGCCACCUCGUAUCCAGUCUCCUGUCCAGGCCCCUCCUGCCCUGGCAGCUGGAUCGGGUACCAAGGGAAAUGCUAUUAUUUCUCAGAGAUGGAAGGGAAUUGGACCUACAGCCAGAGCCAGUGCUCAGCACUCAGUGCCUCCCUGGCUGUGAUUGACAGUGAGCAGGACCUGAUUUUCAUGCUGCGCUGUAAAGUCAGAACAGAUCCAUGGAUCGGCCUCCGGAGGGAGCCCGGUCAGGGGUGGAAAUGGCCCAACGGUUUGGAAUUCAACAACUUGUUUGUCAUUCGAGGGGAAUCCGACUGCGCUUUCCUGAGCGAAGACACCGUCAGCUCUUCGAGAUGCUACAUUGAGCGAAACUGGAUCUGCAGCAAACCCGAUGCCUAUGCAAAGGGAACUGAUACGAGGGGGGACUCGAGAGUCUAAAAGUUAAAAUUGCAGCUCUGCUUUGAAAUAAGAUUUUGAAAAAUGGCAUUGGAGGGGUGAUAAAUGAAGAGGG